AUGCGUCUCAAAGCCGUUUUAGUUUUGUUUAUUUUUACAUGUAUCUGUGCGAGGACAUACGGUAAUAAAAAAUGUUACUUUGCUAAGACAUGUAUUCAUGACGCUAAAGAAAAAUGCGGCGAAGAUGAAAAAGGAAACGUGAGACGAUUUUUAGAUUCAUGUGAUAUUAAAGAAUAUAACUGCUUGCAUGGAACAGAUUACAAGAAAACGUCUCUUGAAAAUUGCCAUUCACUUCCCUCCAUCCAAGACAUUCAAGUACAAACGACACUUUCUUCAACAAAUAAGGAGAAGUUUAAAGAGACAUCGGAAGAAAAGAGUUCCACACAAGCUCAAUUACAACAUGAAGUAUCAGACAAGGAAAGCGUAUCUCAACAUCAAAGCUCUAGAGAAACAACAGAGGAUGAGCAAACACCAAAAGAUCAAAUUGAUCCCGACGUAGGGUCUAACGCAAAAGAAUCUAUUGAACAACAAGAAGAAAAUGACUCAAACCUCAAAGGAUCUAAAGAAGAGGAAGAGAAAAAUUAUGUAACCAAUGCAAAUGAAACUGAAGUAAAUGCUGAAGCAACAGACGAAAGCAGUAAUGAUAAUACAAAACAAAUUUAA